AUGACGACGAGGUCAAGCUCUUCAAUAAACGUACACGAUUCGAGGCACGUGACGCCUGAUGCUGAGCUUAUAAGACCUUCCCAGUCAAUAGACGAAAUGAUUCAAGAAGGCCGAAAGCGCUCUAUCGACGAUUACACUGUAUCAAAGGGGGCCCGGGAGGAGUAUAAUAAGGCUAUAGCACCGCUUACAAAAGCCCCAAAAGCCUGGAAUAGCUGGAUAUCUACCUGGGAGAUUGCCUUCUUACGGGCAAAACAACAAGGACUAGCGGCGGUUAGCGACCCCGAGGAGUGGUUUUAUGCGUUCACACGAGCCUUGGAACCCGUAAUCCCUGAAUGGGUAGUACCCCUGAGCAUCAUCCUCGAAAAGAGCAUUCUCAACAAGACCCUACAGUAUAAUGAGGUGUCGAUAGCGCUACGACGACAUAUACAGAUAUUCGAACUCAAUAAACAAAAAGGUAAGCUGCAUAGAGGUAUUUUUGGACCAACUUACGGCACUGAUAAGGGUGAAAAUACAGAUCAAGAGACUGAUUCAAGUCGCCAAGGGAGGUCUUUACAACCCCCUAGGAACCCUAAGAAAAGGCAGGGUAGCUCCAAUAAGCGUAAGAGGGCUGAGACUAGCCCUCAACGACCUGCAAGACCACGCCCCAACACAGGCAACAACAAGGAGUGUGAGGCGUGUCAUGGGCGUCACGAUCUCGAAGAGUGCUUUUACGUCUUUGAGUCAAAACGACCUGACUAUUUUAGGGGUCAUAAGGGACUCACCAUCCUAGUAAAUAUCAACCUGAAAAAUAACCCUGAUCUGGCCACCAGGGUCGAAACCCUGAAAAGGGAGGAUCAACAGCAAAACACCAAAAGAGAGGAUAGUUAAUUAAACCACCAGAUAGCAAACUCACAAGUCGGCGCCUCCUUCGUGAUGUCAGUACCAAACACGGCGUUUAACAUCAGUCAAUACCCGUUGAAAGACUCAGCGAUAUUAGAUUCAGGGACUACUAUACACGUCUUUAAUCAAAUCUCCAGAUUUAUCAACUUUAGGUUUGCUCCACCAGGCGACUACAUCGUCGCUGGCAAAAAAACGCGUCAAGGUAAUAGAUUACGGAGACGUAGACAUACGCACCACACACGCCAAGGGGUCUACUCGAAUCAGACUUAUAAGCGUUGCCUAUUGCGAGAAUUUUGCUUGCAACCUCGUAUUGUUGAGGCUAUUGAGGAGGCAAGGCUACUCUGUGUAUGACUAACCUCACCGGGCAUUAAUCCUGACAGUAAGCUACUUAGUACCGCAGUAUACAGCCCUAUAAUGAGUUAACCACCAUAUAUCCCCGUCCUGUACGUGGAAAUGCAAUGUCUUACAUGGCAAUCUAAUUAAG